AUGGCCGAAGAAGCUUCUGCCCGCCGGCGCAAGCCUGAGCCCGUUGAAUCGCAAGAUGCGAGUUCCCCGGAGAAGCCGAAGCAGAAAUCCACGAAACAAAAAGUCAAGGAUAGCGAGUCCUACAGCUCGCACGUCCUCGAUGCCUUCCGCGUUCUCACCUUCCUGGUCCUCGCCUACAUCGGCCUCAGCUACCUCGUGUCCAGCGGCGACACCUACUCCUGGGGCUUCCCCACCGCACCCCGAUACCUCAAAACGGACUGGUGGUUGAAGCAAUUGCGUGGUCCGCUGUACCUCACCCCCUCCGAACUCGCCACCUACAACGGCAGCGACCCCUCCAAGCCGCUCUACCUCGCCAUCAACGGCACCAUCUACGACGUGUCCUCCAACGCACGCACCUACGGCCCGGGCGGCUCCUACCAAUACUUUUCCGGCGUCGAUGCCGCGCGCGCCUACGUAACGGGCUGUUUCGCCGAGGACCGCACGCCCGACAUGCGCGGCGUCGAGGAGAUGUACCUGCCGAUCGACGACCCGGUUGUGGAUAGGCAUUGGACGGCGGCGGAGUUGGCGGAAUUGAAGAAGGAGGAGCGCGCUAAGGCGGAGAAGAAGGUGCAUGAUAAUUUGUCGCAUUGGGUCAAUUUUUUUAAGAAUAGUCCCAAGUAUGACUUUGUUGGGUAUGUGAAGCGGCCGGAGGGCUGGCCGGAGUCGGAGCCGGUGAGGCAGUUGUGUGACCAGGCGGCGAAGGGCCGGAAGAAGAGGGUUGUGCCUAAGGAGAAGCAAUAG